AUGGGGUGUAAGGCGACGCCAGUCUCACCAGCCACAGUACUUCCACCCCCUGGUGAAGUUCUGGAAAUUACCCUGGGAGCGGGAGCUUCAGCUCGUCAGAUUCAGGAAGCUAUCCCAGACAUCCCCGCUUUGCGACCCCGGCCUCAUGUCAAAGCGUCCGGUGGGGGGAUCCAGAUCCACAGCGGCAGCAACCUCAUUCAACCUCAGACCAAGACAACAUCGAUCGGCAACGAGAAGUACGGAGACAGACCCACGAUAGACGAGAACAUCGGAGACAUGACUAUCCUGUCAGUCAGACGCAGGGGAGGCAUCACGUCGCGCAAAUAA